GAUUCAAGCAUCGAGUAGAAGACAUUUUAUUAAUUUGAUGGACCGUAGCUAUAUAGAUCUUCGUUAUAGCUGAUUAAAAUCUAGAGAAGAUCAGGAAAAAAGCUGAAAAUGUCAAAGCAUUCUGUCUCCAAAAAAAUCUAUAAGUGUGAUAUUUGUGGUAAAUCACUUGGAGUCUACUCUAGUUUAAGUAGACAUAUGAUGAUUCAUACUGGCGAGAAACCAUAUAAAUGUGAUGUUUGUAGUAAAUCAUUUAUAACUAUUAGUGCUCUACAUAUACACACCAGAAUUCAUAGCGGAGAAAAACCCUUUUCUUGUGAUGUUUGUAGUAAAUCAUUUACCACUAGUAGUUAUCUAAGGACACAUACCAGAAUUCAUAGCGGAGAAAAACCCUUUUCUUGUGAUGUCUGUAGUAAAUCAUUUACCAGUAGUAGUAGUCUACAACAACACAUAAGAAUUCAUACCGUAGAAAAACCCUUUUCUUGUGAUGUUUGUGGAAAAUCUUUUACCACUGGAAGUGAUCUACAGCGACACACCAGAACCCAUACCGGAGUGAAACCCUUUUCUUGUGAUGUUUGUGAUAAAUCAUUUACAAAUAGUAGUCAUCUAAAACAACACACAAGAAUUCAUACUGGUGAAAAACCAUAUAGAUGUGAUGUCUGUAGUAAAUCAUUUACCACUAGUGGUGAUCUACAACGACACACCAGAAUACAUACGGGAGAAAAACCCUUUUCUUGUGUUAUUUGUGGAAAAUCUUUUUUGACUGGAUAUGAUCUACAGAAACACACCCGAACUCAUACUGGUGAAAAACCCUUUUCUUGUGAUGUUUGUAAAAAAUCGUUUGCAGAAAGUAGUAGUUUAAAAAAACACACCAGAAUUCAUACUGGUGAAAAACCCUUUUCUUGUGUUGUUUGUAGAAAACCAUUUAUCACUAGUGGUGAAUUACAUAUACAUACCAGAAUUCAUACUGGUGAAAAACCCUUUUCUUGUGUUGUUUGUAGAAAACCAUUUAUCACUAGUGGUGAAUUACAUAUACAUACCAGAAUUCAUACUGGUGAAAAACCCUUUUCUUGUGAUGUUUGUAAAAAAUCGUUUGCACAAAGUAGUAAUUUAAAACAACACACCAGAACUCAUACAAAGGAAAAACCCUUUUCUUGUGGUGUUUGUAGAAAAUCAUUUACCACUAGUACUAGUCUACAACUACACACCAGAACCCAUACUGGCGAAAAACCCUUUUCUUGUGAUGUUUGUAAAAAAUCGUUUGCACGAAGUAGUCAUCUAAAACAACACACAAGAACUCAUAUUAAAAAAUAACAUACUUGUAAAAACAUUUUCCUGUGAUGUUUGUAUGUAAUAAUUCUUUUUCACAAAGUACUCUACAGUGUCACUCCAGUAUGGAAGGGUAUGGCUGCCAAUAAUAAAUGCUCUGCUAAAAUGUCUUUUCCAUUGAUUAUGUGUAAAAAGUACAAUGUACAAAUUCCUAAUAUCAAUAAUGAUAAAGUCAAAAUACCUCUAAGGGCAAAGCUAAAUAUAAAAUGUCAAAUGGAAUGUGUCAAAUGUUUUAUUGGAAAAUGACAUUUCUUGACGUGUCUGCAUUUUACAUUUUCCUCAUUACAUUUUACAUUUGAUCUCUGCCUCAUCUCAUUUGUCUUUAACGCUUUCUACAUAGCAUCUUACGAAGAGCACUAACUUUGAUAUGCCAUAUAUCAUUUACCCUUUACGCUUUCGACAUAGUAUCUUAUCAAGAGCACUAACUUUGAUAUGCAAAUGUAGGAUAUCAGAUUACAUUGAUCAUUAGUAUUACAUAAACUGUAGGUCCUUUUGUUAAGCAUCCGAUUACUUUUAUGUUUGAGAAUGAUGUAAUCAAUUUUUUUUCACUUUGAAUACCAGUAAUUUUGGAUCAAAUCACCAUGGCAGUGUGUCUAUGGGCCUGACAAGAACAGCUGUCUAGUCGUUCAGAUGGGACGAAAAACCGGGAGGGCAAGGCUAAGGUCUAAGGACUAAACCUUCUGGUGUAGUUUGUUCCUGAUAAUAAACUUGAUGUGUAUCCUGUUGUCCUGAUAAUAAACUCGAUGUGUAUCCUGUUGUCCUGAUAAUAAAUUCGAUGUGUAUCCUGUUGUCCUGAUAAUAAACUCAAUGUGUAUCCUGUUGUCCUGAUAAUAAUCUCAAUGUGUAUCCUGUUGUCCUGAUAAUAAACUCGAUGGGUAUCCUGUUGUCCUGAUAAUAAACUUGAUGUGUAUCCUGUUGUCCUGAUAAUAAACUCAAUGUGUAUCCUGUUGCACUGAUAAUAAACUCGAUGUGUAUCCUGUUGUCCUGAUAAUAAACUCGAUGGGUAUCCUGUUGCCCUGAUAAUAAACUUAAUGUGUAUCCUGUUGUCCUGAUAAUAAACUCAAUGUGUAUCCUGUUGUCCUGAUAAUAAACUCAAUGUGUAUCCUGUUGUCCUGAUAAUAAACUCGAUGUGUAUCCUGUUGUCCUGAUAAUAAACUCGAUGGGUAUCCUGUUGCCCUGAUAAUAAACUUAAUGGGUAUCCUGUUGUCCUGGUUUUCGUACUCCAUCUUUGUGGAAGUUUUUCAAAUUUUGUCACUUUUUAUGGCAUGCUGAGAACUUGUGCAUGACAAAUACUUUUCCACUAUUAGAACAUCGACAAAAUCCGUAAAUUCUCAUGUUGGAAAAUUCUAAUAUUUUUAUAAACAAUAUUUCAUUCUCAGAAAAGGAUUUUGAUUAAGUGCAUCAACAGAGAUAACUGUCAGAUUUUUUCAGUGGUAGGGUAAACUCGUCUAAUUUGGGGGUCCCUUUCAUAUUGCAGCCCAAUCAGCCCCCCUUCAAUCUGUAUUAUAACAUCCCACCAUAGGCUGACCAGAUAUUGAGCCCACAUAAUUGACCCUUCCCUUGUUUGUCUCGAGAGUGGGGAGCUACGGUGGAUUAGUAAACGUAAAAGAGCUCUUGGCAGCUGGAAUUUGAAAUAAGGGUAGACCGUAGCGCCACGUUCCCCCAUGACGCUGCAUGACGUAUGGCCGUCUUCAUUAGUCCAGACGUUAAACAACAUUUCCAUAUUGAGAUUGGCGGUUCGCCUACUCCACGACUAAUUGCGAUUGGCGGUUCGCCUACUCCACGACUAAUUGAGAUUGGCGGUUCGCCUACUCCACGACUAAUUGAGAUUGGCGGUUUGCCUGCUCCACGACUAAUUGAGAUUGGCGGUUCGCCUACUCCACGACCAAUUGAGAUUGGCGGUUCGCCUACUCCACGACCUAUUGAGAUUGGCGGUUCGCCUACAAAACGACUAAUUGAGAUUGGCGGCUCGCCUACUCCACGCCUAAUUGAGAUUGGCGGUUCGCCUGCCCCACGACUAAUUGAGAUUGGCGGUUCGCCUGCUCCACGAGUAAUUGAGAUUGGCGGUUCCCCUACUCCAUGACUAACUGCAAGUGUUGGGUGACCAACCUAUACGAAAGCUGGUCAAAAGGCAACAACAAACAAUGUUAUUACCCCUUUAGUUAAGGCUUAUGAAUUUUGAUAACUUUAUAAACUAUAAACUAAUAGUGAAUCAUAAAUUAAUCGACGAACAUAACCCAAUUUCAAUAUUUGCGCAUUGACCUUUAACACUAUGAAUGGGAGAGUUAGACAAUGAUUUUAAAGGAGUAUAUGACAGUGUUAAAAUAUUACAUCACACUUAGAUCUUGUACGCUUUGUGGGGCUAUACUAUAUACCGGAAAACACCGGAAAACACCUAGAUCUUGUACGCUUUGUGUCUUACAGUCAAUAAAUGUCAUGAUGUAAUACUUUAGAUAGAGUUUCUGUUAUAAUACUUUACUCGUUUCUGUUGAGUUGUUUAUCAGAAGUAACCAAUGACAACAAUUUCAAUUUUAUUACCAACCCUUUCACAAUAUUUGAAUGAAAUAUCUCACACG